AUGUUUUCUCACAUUUAUUUAUCUUCUCUCUAUCCAAUUCUAUAUCCUUUCCCCCCUCUCUCUUUCUUUCUUUCGUUCUUUCUUUCUAUGCAGUUGAAUAAAAUGCCACCAACAAUAGAUGGGCAGAUGACCAUUGAGAAGACGCCAAGUUACUUCAUUACCAAGGAAGUCCCGAAGCGUAUAUUCAACAUGUCGAAGAAUAUGAAGAUCCUCGUGAUUGUGCGUGAUCCUAUAACGCGUGCAAUCUCUGACUAUGCCCAACUGGCUAGCAAGAGAAUUCACAUGCAGCGAUUUGAGGAUCUUGCAUUUGUCAACACCACUACUCGCAUCGUGGACACCACAUGGAACGUCAUUCGCAUCGGAGUCUACGCCAAGUUCCUUGAGCGUUGGCUACACUAUUUCCCGCUUUCACAGAUCCACUUUGUAAGCGGCGAAGAAUUGAUCUCCGAUCCGGCCAGGGAGUUAAGCCGUGUUCAAGAUUUCCUCGGAUUGAAGAGGAUUAUCUCAGAGAAACAUUUUUAUUUUAACGAGACGAAAGGGUUUCCUUGUUUGAAAAAAACGGAAGGCAGCGGUCACCCGCAUUGCCUAGGCAAGACAAAAGGCAGACCACAUCCGACUGUUGAUCCAACUGUUUUGAAACGACUUCGAGACUUUUAUCGGCCAUUUAAUGCAAAGUUUUACCAUAUGGUGCAACGCAAUUUCAAUUGGCCCUGA